UUUUUUUUAUAUCCUAAAUAUAAAAAUAUAAAAGUUUGAAUAUAUUAUUUUGAUUGUAGAUAUAAAAAGAUUAUAUUAUGUUUUUGUUCAUUAAGACUUAAGACUAAUAUAAUUAUGACGUUUAUAGUUUAUACCGAUGUUUUGCGUAAUAAUUAUAGAAAAUUAAAACCUUAAAAAAAAAAUUAUGGAUCGAAGAAUACAUCACUUAUUAAAUAAUUUGCUAAUCCUUAUGUUAUGUAUCAUUGUUAUUUACAGUAUCUUUACAGCGUAUUGUCCGGUUAAGAAUAAAUUGUAUUCAAGAAAAUCAUACAAACAUGAAAAGAAAAUUAAAACCCAAACAAAUAAUGAUGAACAGAUUGUGGAAACUGUUUCAGCAAUUGUAAGCAAAAACUCCAAUCGUAUAAUAAAACGAAACAAGUUUGAGAAUUUACCGUGGUAUUUCGAAGAUGGGAUACAAGAGCCUAAUAAAGCGGAAGUGGACCCUACGACUGGAGUUAGAAUUUCACGAUUAUGGCCUGAAGAAAAAAAAGGUAGUGACCGUGUAGAAGAACAACUAAUGUUUAUACCACCCAAUUAUCAAUAUGAAAAUACACCAAUGAAAACGAUUUUACUAUACAACGGUAUAAGUAACUGGAUGGUUGAUGAAGGACAAAGUGAAUUUCUUUCAAACGAUUGUCCAGUGAAUAGAUGCACACUUUCAACUAAGACAAAAUUAAUGUAUUCGAUGGAUGCAAUUUUAUUUCGAGAGGAAUUCUAUGAUCCAUUAUUCGAUACCGGUCGCAAAAAGCGUAGUGAACAAAUAUGGAUUUUAUUCUUCCUUCAGUCAGCAUAUUACUCGGGAUUUGACGUAGGAAAUGAUAUGAUUAAUUGGACAGCUACAUAUCGACACGACAGUGAUAUUGUCAUACCAUACGGACGAUGGGCAUAUUUUGAUCCUUCAGUGACUCGAGUUGAACAGUUGAAUAUGAAUUAUUCUCUAAACAAAACGAAACAAGUGGCGAUGAUAGUUACUAAUUGUGAUACUGACAAUCAAAGAUUAUUAUAUGCAAAAGAAUUGGGCAAAUAUAUAUCUGUUGAUAUAUAUGGUCAAUGUGAAGGAUAUAAAAUGAACAAAUUUGAUAAUUUUUUACAAAUAUUAGACCAGGAUUAUAAAUUCUAUUUGGCUUUCGAGAGUUCAAAUUGUAUCGAUUAUGUGACAGAAAAGUUUUUUAUAGAUGGACUUCAGUACAACGUUCUAUCGGUCGUGAUGGGCGGGCGCCGGGAGGACUACGAACGGAUGGCGCCCAGGCGGUCGUACUUGCACGUGGACGACUUCGACUCACCCAAACGGCUAGCCGAGUACCUGAGGCAGUUGGACGCUGACGACGACCUGUACAACGAGUACUUCCGAUGGAAGGGCACUGGCGAGUUUAUCGACACAAAGUUCUUCUGUCGGCUGUGUGCAUUGUUGCACGACGACGACGCUCCGGCCAAGCACUACCGGGACUUGGAGCGAUGGUGGCGGCCUCCGGACGUGUGCGAUCAUUCGACGAAGUGGCUUAAACCGCCGCCAGUCGAAUAACGAGUGUUCGGGUGACCAAAGAUUAGCAGCCAGAAGGGUUUUCGCGGUCACACCAACUUACCUGCACCACAACCAUUAUUACUCAGAACGAGUUUUGCAGAAGAUGCAAUCAUUCGCAGAUGUAUAUAUUAAGCUCAACUAUAAGACAAAUAUUUUUUUUUUGACGGGGGAAUGUAAAUCUUAUAUUUUUCUUUAUUAAUCUGUGUUGAUAUUUUCCCCCUAUACGCUUCUCCUAAGCUAGUAUAUUUCAAAUAUCUUGUAAUAAAUAUAAAUUUAUAUCAAUA